UCUCGUCCAAUCGUGAAGCCUGCUGCGGCGUCACGUGACUUUUAUUUAUGUAACGUAAUGGGGUUACACAGUAAGUGAGCUUCGUGGCUUUGGAUACGUUGCUACAGAGGUUAAAAACGGACAGGGACAUCUGAUUAAGGAAAGGAAACAGUAAAUGUGCGCUUUUAUUGACCCAGCUGUUCGGUCCGGUUGGCCCGGUGCUGUUCGGAGUUUGGAGCGUCGAGGCGAGCGGUGCGUCGCCCUGGGAGUUGCAGUGUCCAUUUAAACUGUAUGAGAAAGGGAAGAUGCUGGUCGAGCCGAACCAAAGACUUGCCAAAUGUUCGAAAAGACAAUGUCAAUGAAUAGCUUCGGUUUGAAAAGUGAAUCUAAAAGGUGAGCUCUUGGGGAGGGGGGCGAGGGGACUCACAAACCAGUCGGUUAGCUGGUCGUCGGUAUGUUACUUGAAAGCACUGUGCAAUAUUGACCCCCUCCUUGGUCUCCCCCUUUGGGCUUGCUUUGACGGACAAAGCUUGAAACUCUUCCCGCGCGGCAUCGUUCGGAAACGCAGGUUUGAUUCAUGGAUCUGCUGGAGUGUCCGCACUGCCUCUUCCCAAUGUGCGAGCCGGUGACCGUGCCGUGCGGCCACACGUUCUGCCGGAGGUGCGUGGGGGGCUACCUCCCCUCCAAAUGCCCGCAGUGCAAAGAGAGGCUGAAACAAAAGGAGGCGAGGAGCACCAAGAACAACGUUCUGCUCAUCGGGGUCAUCGAAAAGUGCUGGCCCGACGAGACAAGAGUGAAGUGCCAAAUCCAGGAGAAGCUCAAAACGAACGAGUUCACGGAAGCUUUACGCAUGGCCAAUGAGGGGCUGCACUUAGUGCCGGACAAUCAGAGUUUGAAGUUGUUCAGAGCUGAAGCCAACCUGGGCCUGCUGCGGUUCUCCGAUGCUCUGACGGACCUCGACUACCUCUGCUGCCUUCAACCCAACUGGACAGAAGGCUUUUUUCGUAAAGGGAAUGUACUGCUGGAGAUGGGUCAGCAGAAGGAAGCCCUGAUCCAGUUCCACCGUUGCCUAAAACUCCAAGCUGACUUUGUUCCUGCAAAGAGCCAAAUCAAGAAGGUUCUGCAGGUAGAGGGGAUAGCAGUGCCGGAGGAGGUGCCGUGCAUUCUGCAGCUGGUUUCUGAGUUCUUGACAGAUCCCUGCCCCAUCACCACCCUCAGUGGCUCUCAGGCGCCGACGCAAGGAGAAGCCAAGCACCCAAACGUAGACAGGAGAGAAGCACACAAGAUGAAGCACGACGCAGGUACCGAGUGCUGCCUCAGCCUCUGCCAAGCUGUUUCCUUCCUGCCUGCUGCCGAGGAAGACGAGGAAAUGAUGAUGAGGAAGGACGAAUGCCAAGGCCGAGGUGAAAGUCAAGCGCACAGAGAGGAAACGCUGGCUGUGCUCACCGUGUCAGACUUUGAGUGCCCUCUCUGCAUAAGGCUGUUUUUUGAGCCUGUCACAACUCCCUGUGGUCACACCUUCUGCAAAAACUGCAUCGAGAGGAGUCUGGACCACAACGUACGGUGUCCACUCUGCAAACAGCCGCUGCAAGAGUACUUAAAAAACCGAAAGUACAACCCCACAACUCUUCUGCAGGACAUCAUGGAGCAACUUUUCCCCUCUCAGUUGGCUGAAAGGAAACAGGUUCACGAUGCAGAGAUGGCUGAACUUUCCAACCUUACCAAGGACAUCCCCAUAUUUGUCUGUACGGUGGCCUUCCCUGGAGUGCCGUGCCCACUGCACAUCUUUGAGCCUCGUUAUCGGCUGAUGAUGCGCCGCUGCAUGGAGACCGGCACCAAGAAGUUUGGGAUGUGCAGCUAUGAGCAUGGCAAAGGUUUCGCCGACUACGGUUGUAUGCUGGAGAUCCUCAAUAUGGAGCGGCUGCCUGACGGGCGAUCUUACAUUGAAACCAUGGGCGGCAGCAGAUUCAGAGUGCUCAAAAGAGGUCAGAGGGACGGCUAUCACACGGCCGACAUCGAGUACCUGGAGGACGUCAAGGUGGACGGUAGCGAGCUGGAGCUUUUGCAGCGUCUUCAUGACAGUGUGUACCAGCAGGCCCAGGACUGGUAUCAGCGCGUGGGCAGCCGCAGCCGCGAGCACAUAAACAGACAGCAUGGCAGCAUGCCAGAUAAGGAGGCAGACAUUCAGGCCUCGGCUAACGGUCCGGCCUGGUGCUGGUGGCUCCUGUCGGUGCUUCAGCUGGACCCCGCCUAUCAAACCACCUUCCUCUCACUGACCUCUCUGAAGGACCGCCUGGGACACCUCCGCCUCGUCCUGGAGUACUUUUCUCAGAGCUAGAACCCAGAGCACACCUAACUAGGGUUCAACAUUACGCACACGUAAAGUGAAACCAGAGCAUUCACGCACAAGUACACAACUCGCCAUGGGGUUCGGGGUUGACCUAAACAAGGGUAUGGUUUUAAAGUCAAACCUGGCUAUAAGGAGAAACCUAAGGAUUUGACUAGAGAACUCAAUGCAGACUUGGAAUUUCCGCUGUUUGAUUUUGCAAAUAGAUCUUUAAAUACUUUUGUAUCAGUAAGAACCUUGGGGUUCGCCAAAGACAACUCUUUUUUUUUUUUUGGGGUCUUUAAAGGUUGUUAUACAUGGGGAAUUUAAACCAGGUCAUGUUUCCAAAUGUGCUACAGACGGACACUGGGUGAGUUUUCUCUCUCCUCACUACAAAAACAGAGAAUAAAAAAAAAAGCCUGUGUUGCCUGUUAGGAGAAGACUCUUUGCGUUUACUUAGCUACAUGUGGAGAUAACGAACAUAUAUGGCACGCAUUAUCUGGAGAGGAUUUCUCUUAGGGCAAUGAUAAUUUUUGAUAACCCAAUAUCAUCCUUUGAAACAGGCAAUGCUUGUCUGAUCUGUUGGCCUUGGUAGCCAUUUGAACAUGGCUAAUUUUAUACAAAGACCUACUUGCAUGAAAAUAUCGCAAUAAUAACGGAUUCUCUUACACAACAGCAGGCGGACGAUUUUGUUUGCUAAUCCACGAAAACUGCUGCUGCUCAGCAUUUUGCCAUAGCCAACCUUUUUUUUGUUUACUAAUGUGUACAUUGGAUCGGCAAAUCAAAAGUGUAACAUGCGUGUUUUUUAGUGCGAGAACGGUCGACAAGAAAAUAGCUUUGUGUGUGUUUGUAUUAGGGGUAAAUAUGUUUGGUUUCUUUUUCUUGUCCCCCGCUCUUUGUUCUUAAGUCAUCACGCCGUGUUGUCAGCACUGAUGACAGCUACUGUUAUAGCACACAAAACUGUGUUAACACAUCUUACGCAAGGACAGUCGUCAAGCAGUUUGGAUAAAAUGCUCCGGCUGAAGUCCGGCUUGGUCCAUGUACACCCACGACGGACGCGACGCCUACCUCUGGCCCUUUGCUCCAACCUCUGCGUUGGUCCGGCUCGUCCUCCACCACCAGCUGUGGGACCUUUGAGUGCCACUUUAUCAGGAGACCUGGAUGAAGUCUUAGGGGGGGAGGGGUUCUACAAUACUUAAGAGGUGAACUGUUUGGUAUUUUCUGUUCGCUCUAGUGCUACAUUCCAUGGAAUGUUAAAGCUGUUAAGUUAAUUCACCAACAACUACCGGCAUGACUGGGUUUCAUUUUUAUUUUUUCACUUUCAUAUACGUGCCAUAGAAAUUUCUGUGUUGAAUGCUUCGAAGUUGUUAUUGUGUCACGGACUCAUGUAAAGAUGCCUUUUCGCAUGGUGGGGCAGUGAAUGACGGCAGACAUAUCACUUAAAGCAGUCCAGCUAACUUUCUUAUUGAUGGCAGAUUCUGCAAUUCAAAGGUGGCGCUAAGCUUGUAUGGUCAUGUAUUUAUAGCUGUGGAUAAAAGGGGGUUCUUCGCUGCUUGAAAUAUUCCUCAAGAGGAUAAACUGAUGGAUAUGGAGCCCACCAGUGGUGACUUGGGUAACAGUCUCAUCUCUAAUGUCUGUGUUAGGAAACCUUCCUGAUAAAUGCUAAUCUAAUUCAAAAAGGGACAGAUAAUUCAAAUAUUCAGAAUGAUAAACAAAUCCUUUUUUUUUGUGUCUCUUCCACUUGUAUUCUGAUGUUUCGCUACACAGGUGCAUCUUACAUUUGUUGGAAUAUCUUCAAAAUAUAAAUUUAUUUCAGUACUUCAGUUCAGUACUCCAAUUCAUAAUACACAUGUAUUGUGAAAACAUCACAUGGACCUCAGCGUGGACCUGUGCAGCUUUACUGGCCACACUUUUUCCUUCCACUCAACUUUUCAUUGCGAUGCUUGGACACUGGACUCUGUGAACAACCUCUCCUUUAGCGAUAACCUUUUGUGGCUUACCCUUCUUAUAGAGGGUGAUGAGGACUAAUUACUGGUUAAGUGGCAACAGUCUUCCUGAAGACUGACUGGGUCAUAUCAUGGUGAGAUUCUAAUAUUUCUCUAUAAAAAAAUCUUUUUACUUGGUCUCGCAUCAUGUAAUUUUCUUCGAAACUGAAUUUAGUACCUUUAAGUCGUAAUCGUUACCAAGAAAAUCAAUAAAUACUUGAAAGUUAUUCUGUAUAAUGAAUCUAUUGCGUGUAAUUCAUGGCUUUUGGUUUCUGAAUUUAAUUACUGGAAUAUAUAUAUGUAAUCUUUUCAAAGAUAUUCUAAUUUUUUAAGAUGCACGUGUAAUGGUGUAUUUAGUUUAUUACCCACACAGGCCAUAUCUAUCUUUGUCAAAGGCAAAUUUAUUUCGGUUGCUGCCAUCGGCCUCUUAAUAGAUUUCUCAGCCAAAUAGAGAUGACCAGUUUUUGCACUACGGUUUUAUUUACUUCACAAUAAACAUCUCUCAUCCCAUGUUUCCUUUUUGGUCAUCUUUACAAUGACUCUCUUUGUGGAGGUUUAAUGGGUUUUCCAACACAGUGCAGUGCAGGACUCUUUAGUUCAUUUUAGACUGCUGCUUCAACAGCCCUGCAGAUGUCUAUUAACUUUAGGUGCUGUGUUAUUGGAUUUUGCAGAGAAUGUCCUACAACACCUGUAACACAAUUUACACUCGGCCCACAUUUUCUCCCCGCAAGAGAACACUAAGCGUUUGCACUAAGCGUUUGAAGUUUGCCGCUCUUGGCGACGAUCCGCGAGUAAGGAGAGGUCGAGAAAAGCCCCCGUAAUAAUGUGGGUGCAGGUAUAUGAGCUGCAUCUCUACAGGAAAGGCUGAAGAUUGCUGUUUGUUUGAUGAUCAGUGGUCUAUGUUGCACUGCACAGUUUUUCCUUGCAUCCCUGAAAGUGCAUUGUUGCCAGGCGAAGAGCAGUAAUUCUGCUAAUAGUGUCCUAGCUUUCCCCCAAUUUGAUGACUCUUUGAAAUGCUGUUAUAAAUAAAGGCUUUCAAGGCAAAUUCUUUAUGA